UGGCUACAACAACGAAUCAACGUCGAUGCCGACGACAACACUUAGGUUUAUUUUGGACGAUGGUCAUGCAAGCGAUUAUGAUAUAUAAUGAACUUAGGCGUCGUGCACGACAUCUUCCAAGAGCUCCUCAUACAAAUUGGAAUUCUGAAAGAGAAAUAACACUUACACGAAUGUUUGGCACGAGUGAUACAAUAUGUCGUGAUCUACUUAGGAUGAAAAUAGGUCCAUUUCAAAGAUUAUGUGCUCGUUUGCGAACUUAUGGAUUGGUUGACAGUAAAUACGUUCAAAUUGAGGAACAAGUCGCAAUUUUUUUGAAUACAGUCGGCCAUGACCAACGUAAUCGCGCUGGACGUUUUACUUUCUUUCGAUCUGGUCAAACAGUGAGCUUUUACUUUCAUAGAGUCUUACAUGCUUGUCUUGGACUGUAUAGAGAUGUUGUGAUUAAUGCCACUCCUCAUAACUCGCCAUACGAAAAAGAAAAUGUCCAGCCAUGGUACUCCUUUUUUCAGGAUGCCGUGGGAGCAAUCGAUGGUACACAUAUUGCUGCGUAUGUGCCUUUAGAGGAGCAAGGUAAAUAUCGCAAUAGAAAGCAAGUGAUUUCCCAAAAUGUUUUAGUAGCUUGCACAUUUGAUAUGAAAUUUACGUACGUGCUUGCCGGUUGGGAGGGAUCCGCACAUGAUGGUCGAUUGUUACGAAGUGCAAUAUUACGCCAAGGACAUAAGCUAACAAUUCCUGUUGGUAAGUUGUGUCACUAUUUUGAAAACAUUUCUUCCACACAUAAGUUAUAA